CCCGCCUCCCCGUGACCCUUGUUGAGGAAGGAAAGGGGAUCUAUUCCCCGGCUGGCAGUGGCUUGGGUUUCCCGUUUCUGUCACUUCUAGUUGCAAGCUCAACUAGGCACUCCCAGUUCUCCUCCCACAGUUCCCUUCCUUCCCUCGGCUUCCACAAACCCCGCCCACCGGCCUCUUCUGCGGAUAGAUUGGCGGAUGGGGUGGAUGCUCUUUGCAGGGCUGUGCCCCAAACUGAUGGAUGUCUCUGUUUUGCCCACUGCAUGGAUUUGGUGCCGUAAAUGAGAAGUUAAGCAAACUUUAUGUCCUCGCUCUUCUAACCAGUAACACUGCGGCCAGAGAAACAAAACUUGGCAAUACAAUCUAGUUAGAGUUAAUGAACACAACUGUGUGGCCUCUUGAAAGGUUAGGGACCUGAGAGUUACAGAUGUAGUCCUAUCCCCUCUUCCUAGGCCGUUAAUAAAUAUUUAACGAAUGAAGAAGUAAAUGAAUACGGGACAGGAGAGGCAAGAAAUAUGCCUGGCACUACUAGCAAGAGGGAACUUACAGGGGGCCAGUCUUUCUUCAGCAGGAAGGAUUCCAUUCGAACCAUAUAUACUUCCCUGCAUAAUGAGCUGAAGAAAGUGGUGACUGGCCGUGGUGCCCUGGGUGGGAGCGCUCAUGUGGAAGAACUCCUUUCCCACCUGUCAGAGCAGCUUUGCUUCUUCGUUCAGGCUAGGAUGGAGAUUGCAGACUUCUAUGAGAAGAUGUACACCCUCAGCACCCAGAAGUUUAUCAGUGCUGAAGAGCUCGUUGGCCUUUUGGACACCAUCCUCAAGAAAUACAGCUCCAGAUUUCACCACCCAAUCCUCAGUCCUUUGGAAAGCAGUUUCCAGCUGGAAGUGGAUGUCCUGAGUCACCUCCUGAAGGCCCAGGCUCAGGUGUCAGAGUGGAAGUUCCUGCCGUCGCUGGUUAACUUGCACAGCGCACACACCAAGCUGCAGACCUGGGGCCAGAUCUUCGAAAAGCAGCGGGAGACCAAGAAACAUCUGUUCGGAGGGCAGUCUCAGAAGGCUGUUCAGCCCCCACACCUUUUCCUUUGGCUGAUGAAACUCAAAAACAUGCUUCUCGCCAAAUUUAGCUUUUACUUUCAUGAGGCUCUGAGCCGACAAACGACUGCUUCAGAAAUGAAAACGUUGACUGCCAAAGCCAACCCGGACCUGUUUGGAAAGAUUUCCAGCUUCAUCAGGAAAUACGAUGCUGCCAACGUGUCCUUAAUCUUUGAUAACCGAGGGUCUGAGAGCUUCCAGGGUCACGGCUAUCACCACCCCCAUUCUUACCGAGAGGCUCCUAAGGGUGUGGACCAGUAUCCAGCUGUGGUGUCCCUGCCCAGCGACAGGCCCGUCAUGCACUGGCCCAAUGUCAUCAUGAUCAUGACAGACCGCGCGGCCGACCUGAACGGCUUGGAGAAAGUGGUUCACUUCUACGAUGACAAAGUCCAGAGCACCUACUUCCUAACCCGCCCAGAGCCACACUUCACCAUCGUUGUCAUCUUCGAGUCAAAGAAAUCCGAAAGGGACUCCCACUUUAUUUCCUUCCUCAAUGAGCUCUCACUUGCCCUUAAGAACCCCAAAAUUUUUGCAAGUUUGAAACCUGGAUCCAAAGGUUAGCAGGUUAUUUGUGCGAAAGGCUUUCAAGAUAAGAACUUGUGUUCUUAAUUGCUCUAGUUAUCUAUGGUCGUCUGUGAUUAGAGUUUCAAUCCAUUCAUGCUUCUUUCAGACCUAAAUUAAAGACAGAUCAUCCCUAAUUAUGUCACAUGUUUUAUAUACAGUUAAGGCCAAUUGAAGAAAGUAUCCAGAGAGUGAUCUAGGAAGUGGUCAUGACUACCGUGUAUCUCCAUGAGAUAGCAAAGUACUCCCUGUAUUUUCUUCUGUUUUCCUGUAUUUCAUGUAGACUGAGUAUUUAUUGGCCUUUAAUAUUUCUUUCCAGGUAUUUUAUAUUCUAAAUAUUGUAUUCUAGUGUCAUUCCAAAUGCCCUUUCUCUUCCCCUCCUACCUGGAGGAGUAAUUGGGAUAAGAGGUUAAAUGGCCUUUAUAGAAUUAAGAACUGUGUGUUUCCUAUCUUGUAAACUAGCCAAUUAACAUGAAGCUAUGUUUUAUGAUUUUGAUCUAUAAAUGAAUAUUUUUGAUGCCAAAAUUAAAGUCUUGGUGAGAAAUUUCUACCAGUUAUUAAAGUUGGAGGUAAAUCAGAGUAGUAGGAUAACAUUAGGUUUUAACAGUUCAGAAGCCCUUGUGGCAACUUUAAUAGCCAUGGGUUCUUUGGGGUGAUCUGCACACCUAACUGCAUUUGGUUUUGUCCUUAUAUAUGUUUGAAUUCUUCACACUUUUCAAGUCAGCAUAAGCUGAUAUGUGUGAUUCUUUACUCUUCAGCAUGUUAUCUGCUUGGCUUUCUGUUUAUCACCUGUCUGCUGAAGUGUAUGUUCACGUUUGGCUCCACCCCUGGUUGUGUUUAGGCUGAAACAGCAUGCAGUCUUGGUUUCUCAGCCGCUCUUAGACAUUCCUGCGACUUAGCCUACUUUUAUAAAAAUCAAAAUGGAAUCACUGCACUGGCUAAAAAUCAAUUGCGCAUUCAAAAGACCUCUUCAUAGUUGAGUCAUCACCUUAAGUGCAUCUGAACCUGAGAUUCAUAUCUGUCUCCUCCAAAUAUUUUUAGAAGUAGUGCUACACCUUAACACGUGCUGCCUCGCCCCUUUCCUUCAGUGGAUGUUCUUGAGGAAGAAGGCAUAAUGUGGAGACCUGCACUUCUACCUUAUUGAUUCAGAAUAAAAAUAAGCCACAAAGAGUAACUGAGUUGUUAUUGGAUAGUUCCUUCAAAGCUUGUGUGUGGUAUAAUAGUCCAGUCAGUCCUGUUUCUCAGGAGUGCACAGAGCCGCCGUGUCACUAGGCGACGGCAACAGACACGCCGGGAACAUCGGCGGAGACCUCCGGGAACAUCGGCGGAGACCGGAGGAGCCCUCCCUCGAGUUCUGGGGGCGGGGCUUUCCCGCCUCACUCUGGGUUACCUGGUGGAAGAGCCCACUGGCCUAUUUUCUGGGGAGAACACAUGUUUUGUUUUUCUUUUUCCUUUUUUUUUAAGUCAUAUGAUUUGUAAAAAGCCGGUUUGCUUUAACUAGAAAGUAGUGAUUUAUACCUGCAUUUUAUUCACUCAGAUGCUAUAAAAAUCUGAACAGAUUGUACAACUUUGACGUUACAUAAAACAUUGAAAACAAUUGGAACUGAAAAGUUAAAUCAUUUUUCCUCCUUUGUGUGUUUUGCUAAGCUGAAACAUAUUCAUUGGUGUGCAUGUAUUUUUUUUGUCCUAGAUAAAACCACCAUUAGCCUUAAUGAUAUGGUCUCUCAUGUACCUGAAAGAAAAUAAUGUGAAGAGUGUAAAUAAAACAUAUAUAUAAUACUUAAAUAAUUACUCCUCGCCUAGAACAUAUUUGAAUUGUGUAUUUAUUUUUAAACAUAUUUUGGUUCAAGCCAAGAAACAGUCCUUUUACUCUGAGAUUUGUUGCCUAAAUUCAGUAUUGAAGUGACCUGUAAAGUCUAUGUUUUGCUAAUUGGAAGAGUAAAUCUGCAUAUUUUCCAUAGAUUGUUUAUUUUGAAAUUUGUUUCUAAACCACAACCUGAUCAAUUUUCAAGGAUGACUGAGAGUGUGUUCCGUCAGCACCGCGUUUACUGGUGAGCCCGUCAAGGAGGCCUCUGGUCAGGACGCUCGCCACUGUCCUCUCUCAGGUCCUGCUGUACUAUGGCAUCCGACGAUGUCUUUUUAGGGAGUGUGUGAAAACAGAGCCUAAUUUGUAACUGAGGAGACAAAAUCCCUUAUAUAAUCACUUUGUACAUUUGGACAUACUGGAAAAAACUUACUUUCAAGAAAGAAGAUAGCUGGCACUUCACUGCGCUCCCAUUAGAUUCACUCAGGUGACCUUUAAAAUCCUAUGUCUACCCUUUGAUCUAGCAGCAAAAUCGCAGUUUUCUUUCUUUGCAAGUCGGCCUCUGAACUAGACUUCCCUAUCUGUAACAUGGGGGUAAGGAAGUGUGGGCUCUUUUUCCAAGAAUGUAUG